AUGUCUGCCAAACUCAACAAGAGGGGCGACAUUGCGAUCACUCCCUCCAAUCGCCACAUCCGUGUCUUCGACACCGCUGGCACGCUCCUCGCUGACUCGACGUCGCCAGUCGAACUGUUCGAGUACCGCUGUCCGGUCCGCUUCUACCUUCCGUCGGACGAUGUGCGCUGGGAUGCCCUCGAGAAGGUUGACAUGACGACGUCGUGUCCGUACAAGGGCACGGCCGACCGGUACUGGCGUGCCAAAGCCGGCGGCGACUACAUCGCGUGGGGAUACUCUGAACCCCUACCGUCUGUGGCCGCGAUCAAGGGCCACGUCGCGUUCUAUAACGAGAAGCUUCGGAUCGAGGUUGACGGAGAACUCCUCACGUAG